CUUUCGCUUUGGGAGAUGACGGGUAUGCCGGAGAUAAUUAUAAGUCAUUGCAGUUUGGAGACCAUGUUAAGGCAAAUUUUAGAGAUCUCACGUAUUUGUUAAAAAGCAUUACCAGUUUAAAUGUCCAGAUUUUUUAAUGCGGUUUGGUAUGAUGCGUGUUUAGGCAAGUGAAAACAUAAAGGACGAGUUAAAAGCUGGGUAUUAAGCCAUCAUAAAUACACAUUUUAUAAGUUACAAAAGACACAAGAAGCUGACCGUCAUGUUUGACACAAGCUCUGCUGAUAGUUUUCGCUGCCAGUGGGAGGCAUGUCUGCUGAUUACGUGGUUACAUCAUCAUUCAAGAUGAUAACUCCUGCGUUUGAGCUGAGCCAAGAGCCUGACUACCUGAUCCUCAGCAUCCGCGUGCCCUACACCAGAACAUCAGAGUUUGACCUUUACGUUGAUGGAACAGAUUUCAAGUUUUAUGCAAAGCCCUACUUUCUUAGGUUAACUCUUCCUGGAAGAAUUGUAGAGGAUGGAAGGGAAAAGGCAAAGUUUGACAUAGAUAAAGGUCUUUUCACUCUUUGGGUCCCUAAGGAGACACCGGGAGAGCACUUUGAAGGUCUUCAGAUGCUAACAAGUCUCCUCGCCCCAAAGGGCUCCCACUCAGCAAAACCACUGGUGGAAGAUGUGAGUCCUGAGUGCAGUCAAAGGGCGGGAGAUAAUGAAGAUGAAGAUGAAGAAGACUUUGAUUGGCAGGUUGAGCAGGAGAUUUUCACAGAGAAGUCUGAGGAGGAGCUGAGAGCUCUGCAGAAAUAUGGCUUUGGCAAUCAGAGGUCUGGAGUAUUUGCCCGAUUACAGGAAGAGCUCAGUGCCGUGAUCGACAUCAAGAACCCAGAAGGAACAUCAGCAGCAGAGAGGAGGCAGGCACGGCUGGAAGCAGAAGCAUCCGCCUUCUCCUCUGACCAUUACCUGGCUGAUUUGUUUGAGGAUGAUGAAAUAAAAGGGCUGCUGAAGUUCAGGCCAUGGUGGACAAAGCUGAGUCCGUCCACAGAGCAAGAGGGGGAAUCUGCUGUACCGUUCACCGAUGACGAGAAAGAGCAGCUGAGGAAAUUCGCCAACCGCUCCUACCUGCUGGACAAGACGUCUCGUCACCAAGCGUGGCUGAGCCUUGUGGACAUCCUGCUGGCUUACACCUAUGAAGUGCGCUCUACAGAGGGGGAACACAAUGUGGAGUCACCGUGGACUGUCAGAAAACUCAGUGGGACUCUGUGCUGGCUGGAGACGUACGGCUCCCUGCAAGAGGUCCUGGUGUCAUUUGGACGGAGGGUUUUGUGCUACCCACUCUACAGACACUUUUCUUUGGUCUCUGUGGCUAUUCGUGAUACAACAAAAAUUCUGAAUUCAGGGAAAGCCUUCAUCCUCAAAUGCCUGCUGGAUAUUCACAAAGUCUUCCGAGAGAAUGACCCGGCCUACAUACUGAACGAUCUGUACAUCACAGACUACUGCAUCUGGAUCCAAAGAGUCAAGACCAAGAAGGUGGCAGCCUUGGCAGCAACGUUGCAAAAAGCAACCCUGCAGAAAAAAGACUUGGAGCUGGAGCUCGAUGAGUUAGAGAACGUAGCGAAGAUCGUGGCGGAGGAAGAGCAGCAGGAAGCUUCCAAGAGGGCUGCCGUAUCCAGUGAUGACAGCAGCAGCACUUCCAGUGACAGCAGCAGCACUUCCAGUGACAGCAGCAGCGAGUCAUCUAGUGAGAGUGAGGAAUCUGAGGCUGAAGGAGAAGGCUGCACCGAAUCCAGAGAGGGAGGAGGAGAGAUGUUAAAGGACAACCCUCUACAACCCCAACCCCCCUCCUCUGGCUCUCCCGUCCCCCAGGCACCCACAAUCUUUUCAGCAGAAAAGAGGAGAGAGGAUGCCCUUCCUUCUGCCUCAGAAGGCUCCAGACAGCUGAUUCAGGUGCUGGGGGAACGGGUGGCGGAGGAGCUGAGAAUCUCUCCAGACUCCAGCCACAAAGGAGAGAGACAGCUGAGCAGUGCUGCAGCAAAGACUGAAGGGAUGUCUGGGAGGAGGAGCAGCGGGACUUUGUUAGAGCCGAGUCCUCGUAGAAACCCUCUGCUUAUUGUCCAAACACAGGACGAUCCUGAUGAGCUUGAAGGGGACUUUAUCAGCUGAUGGAAAGGAAUUUGAAUGUUCCAGGACUUAAUUUUGAACCGUAAACUCUGUGUAAGUGAUGUCAGGAAGCAUUUUUUUUUUUAAGGAUUUCUUAUCUGUAUUUGGAAUUGCUGCGCUUUCUUUUUGUUGUGAUACCAAGCUGUAGUUUUAGGGUUUUAACCCUCCUGUAAUGGAAUAUUUUGAUCUGUAUUUUUUUUAAUGAUAAAACUGCAAAGCCUCUCAAUUCUUCUUUUUGUGUCUGUUAUCCAAGCUGCAUACUUGCUGUACAAAUGCAUUCAUACUCUCUGAGCGUAGUGUGUAUUUUUAUAUGAAUAAUUUUUGCUUCUUUUUUAAUUAUUCAUGUAAUUUAACAGCAUCUGUGCGCACAGUUCAGUACGCUGACAUCUGCUACCAGUGGUCUCUAUUAACCAUGUGUAUUUACAUAUUUACACAGUCAAUCUGCAUAUUCCUG